AUGACGAUUCCAAAGUUUACCUCCCACACCUUCCAGCUGAAUAAUGGCGCCUCGAUUCCAGCCAUUGGGCUCGGUACUUGGCAGUCCAAAGAUAACGACACGCACGAAGCCGUCAAGUAUGCAUUGCGGCAUGGCUAUCGCCACAUCGACACCGCACUGAACUACGGCAAUGAAAAGGAGGUCGGUGAGGGUAUACGGGCGUCGGGUGUGCCGAGGGAGCAGAUUUGGGUGACGACGAAGUUGGAUAAUCAUUGGCAUCAUCGGGUAUCUGAAGGGCUUGAAUCUUCCCUCAAGGACCUCGGUCUCGACUAUGUUGAUUUGUAUCUGAUACACUUUCCAUGCUCGACCGAUCCCGCGGACAGAUCAAAGCAUCUGCCGGAUUGGGACUUUGUAAAGACGUGGCAAGAAAUGCAGAAGCUUCUUGGCACCGGCAUGGUGAAAUCAAUCGGUGUCUCCAAUUUUCAGAUCUCGCACCUGGAGAGACUUCUCAGUGACCCGUCGUGCAAAGUUGUUCCCGCUGUCAAUCAAAUCGAGCUGCAUCCACACAACCCAUCAUCCAAGUUGGUGGAUUAUUGCAAGCGCAAGGGGAUUCACUUCACCGCCUACUCUUGCUUGGGUGGUAACACAAAAUCUGCCAUAAACGCUCACACUAAUCUGAUCGAGGAUCCCAUUGUUGUCAAGAUUGCACAGGGGAAGAACAAAACGCCAGCUCAAAUCUUGUUGAUGUGGGGGCUACAGCGCGGGUCCAGUAUAAUUCCAAAGAGUGUGACGCCGUCAAGAAUCGGUUCCAACUUCGAAAUGGACGGGUGGAGCCUGUCAGAUGAUGAGAUGGCAGCGUUGACUCAAAUUCAGACUCGGGCUAAGGUGGUCGGUGAUGGAUGGAUGCCGAUCCGCGUCUUCUUGGGCGAUGAUGAAUGA